AUGGGAUGCUGGAUUUUGAAUGAAAAACUCUCAGUGCUGUUAUUACUGGUGUGGCUGGGACUGAACAUGUAUUUGUUUAUUGAUACCUUCCACUGGUAUGAAGAUGACAAUGCUUACAUUUAUACACGGAUUAUGCUGGGAUCAACCCUGGCUUGGGCAAGAGCUUCUGCAACGUGCCUUAAUUUUAACUGCAUGCUAAUCCUGUUACCAGUCUGUAGAAACCUUAUUUCAUUCUUAAGAGGAGCAAGCAUUUACUGUGGAGGAGCACUGAGGAGACAGCUUGACAAAAACAUCACAUUUCACAAGAUGGUUGCCUAUGGAAUAGCGUUAAAUGCAACCAUCCAUAUUAUUGCCCACUUGAUCAACAUCGAGCGGUAUCAUUCCAGCCAGUCGAAAGAAGCUGGGGAGUUACGGAAUAAACUUUCUGGUCUUGGCAAGAGCCCAAAUGAAAGCUACUUGAACCCAAUCAGGACCUAUGAAACAAACACAGCAGGAGAAGUACUAACUACCAUAGCUGGAAUAACUGGAGUUGUGAUAACUGUGGCUUUAAUUCUGAUCAUGACUUCAUCCACUGAGCUCAUCAGAAGGUCAUGCUAUGAGGUGUUCUGGUACACCCAUCACCUCUUUGUGGUUUUCUUCACUGGUUUAAUAAUCCAUGGUAUGGGUCAGCUUGUCCGAGGUCAGACGCCUCAGAGUCUGCUGCUUCACAAUGUCACUUACUGCAAAGAUCACUACUGGGAAUGGGAGAAUGCCACUCAGUGCCCUCUGCCACAGUUUUCUGGCAACAAACCUGUGGCUUGGAAGUGGGUUUUAAGUCCUAUGGUAUUGUACAUCUGUGAAAGAACUGUUAGGUUUUGGAGAUUUCAACAGGAAGUCAUCAUUACUAAGGUGGUGACACAUUCCUCUGGAGUCCUUGAGCUUCACAUGAAGAAACAUGGCUUUAAAAUGGGAGCUGGUCAGUAUAUCUUUCUACAGUGUCCAUCUGUCUCACAGCUGGAGUGGCACCCUUUCACCCUCACCUCAGCUCCCGAGGAGGAAUACUUUAGUGUCCACAUACGAGUUGUUGGGGAUUGGACUGCAGCCCUUUUCAAGGCCUUUGGAGCAGAGGAAAAAGCUUUCAAGGAAUUGUGGAUGUUACCAAGACUGGCUGUGGAUGGACCAUAUGGAUCUGCAACCACAGACAUCUUCCGUUACCAAGUCAGUGUGUGCAUUGCAGCAGGAAUUGGAGUCACGCCAUUUGCCUCUGUUUUAAAAUCCAUUUGGUACAAAUGCUGCAACCCUAACACAGUACUGGCACUGCAGAAGGUUUAUUUUUACUGGAUUUGUCGAGACCCAUCAGCAUUUGAGUGGUUUGCUGAUCUUCUGUUCCAUUUGGAAACAAAAAUGGCUGAAAAAUGGAAAAAUGAUUUUCUAAGCUAUCAUAUAUUUCUUACUGGCUGGGAUGAAAGUCAGGCUACUCACAUAGCUCUACACUGUGAUGACAAGAUGGAUGUAAUUACUGGUUUGAGACAGAAAACCUGUUACGGAAGGCCAAACUGGGACAAUGAGUUCAAGCAACUAGCUGAAAACCAUCCUAGCAACAGUAUUGGUGUAUUCUUCUGUGGACCCAAGGCUCUCUCUAAGAUCCUGCAAAAGACAUGCAAUUCAUACUCGUCAGUUGAUCCAAGAGGAGUUCAGUUUCACUAUAACAAAGAAAGUUUCUAGGCUGUACUUCUUAACUGUAUAUAGGUAUUACCAAAUUGUGUAUGUUUUAUCACCUUCUCCCAUCCUCUACUCAUUCUGCAGCAUUCAGACCAGAUAUUGAGAGUUCCAAAUUGAAAGAGCAAAUUGACUUCAGUGGAAACAUGCCAUCCUAUGCCAACUAAAGAAUUGGACCCCUUCCCUAGCCUUUUCAUUGCUUACUUAAUGAUGCUAUGAAUCCCUCUACACUGUGUGAAAAAACCCACAAACCAUAACCUUUGAAGAAAAAGGCAUGAGUAAAAUGGACAUUUAGAACUGUACUUUGCUGUUGUGUAUGACUGCAAGCAAUACAUUCCUGCUGUUUAAAUCAUGCCCAUUGAAACCAUUUGCCUUCCUGGUGUCUGAUUUUACACUCAUACUGCACAUACAUCCAUACCCACACUACAUUUGUGCCAUAGCAAUACUAUUUCUAUACACCCUUUCAAAUUCCAAAGGAACAAAUUAGUUUUGCCCUACCAAACUGUGCACCAUUUACACCUGUCAUUUCCGUGGGAAUGGUGUCUGUGUAUGCCAUGGACCAAUAUGUACUAAGGAAACUCCAGAAAUUUUUGCACUCAGCAAAUGCAUCUCCUGAGACAUGCAACUGAAAC